AAGCCAACCCCCAUGGAUUUCUUCACCAGUCGCCACAACUCUCCUCCCUCUCUCUUUAAUCAUAUAUAUAUAUAUAGUCUCUCGGAGCUUUUUAUACGAAGUAUCAAUGGCUGUUGAAGCUCAUCACAUGAACAUUUUCUCUCCUCAGUUGUUAUCAGACAGAGAUUGUGUUAAACUCAAACAAGACAUGAACCACGGCGAGUUUCAUCUCCCCGCCGGCGAAGUUCCGUUUGUAACCGGUGAAUCUCUCGCCGUAGAUCCUUUAGCUAAAGCUUGCUUCAACAAAUCAGAAAAUGGUCCCACUUACAACUUCAACUCAUCCUCUGUUCUUCCUCCGUCCGCAAAACGUCCGAGAGGAUGUCACCUUGACUCAGACGCUCAUUUCGCGUCUCCGGUUAAACGGAGGUCCGGUGCCUUUGGCUUAACCUCAUCGUUGAUAAACGCUGAACUCGUGUCUCAGAUCCAAAACCAACAACAGUCGGAGAUUGAUCAGUUCGUAGCUCAACAAACGGAGAAGCUUAGAAUAGAGGUUGAAGCUCGUCAGCGAACGCAAACGCGGAUGUUAGCGUCUGCGGUUCAAAACGCGAUAGCCAAGAAGUUAAAAGAGAAAGACGACGAGAUCGUACGUAUGAGAAAUCUUAAUUGGAUAUUACAAGAGCGAGUCAAGAGUCUUUACGUUGAAAACCAAAUAUGGCGUGAGAUGGCUCAAACCAACGAAGCACACGCUAACAACCUUCGAACAAACCUAGACCAAGUUCUGGCUCAAAUCCAAACGUUACCAAUCGCACCAACCGUUGCAGAAGACGAUGCGGAGUCGAGCAGCGGAAGUUGCGUCGAAGGUGGUGGAGCUAUUACUGCGGUUGGUGGUGGUUGCAAGCGGUGUGGUGAGAGAGAAGCGAGUGUGUUGGUGUUACCUUGUCGUCAUUUGUGUUUGUGUACCGUUUGUGGUUCGGCUUUGUUACAAACUUGUCCGGUUUGUGAUUCGGUCAUGAACGCUAGUGUACAUGUUAACAUGUCUGCUUGACCAUUUUUUCUUCUUUUUUUGUGCAAUUAAAUUCAUAUUUUGUUUUUUUUUCUUA